AGAUUUCGCAAGAACAAGAGAAAGCAACUCCAAUAAAUCGAUCUAUCCUUCUCCAUCGAUGGCGGCGAUCCGAUGUUCUGGUGCUGGCCGUAUGCUCCUCCGUCGUGCUCCGGGUCUCCUCCGGCAAGCAGCCCUCGUCAGCGAGCAGGGAGUGCUCCAUCGUCAGCCCAUCCGCGCCCUGGCGCCGUCCUCCAACAGAUACAUAAGCAACUACUCGGGCGGCCUCCUGGACUUCGAGAAGAAGCGGUUAGCGACAGAUCUGAUGAAGGAGCGUAGCCCCGACAACGAGAUUGAGAAUCUGGACGAGCUGCUCAACCUCAUGUCGUUCAAGUAUGCCUGCAGCGACCAACAUAAAAUCCAAGCAGGAGCGGCAAGGAACGCCAUACAGGACAAGAAGCUUGAGCUGGUUUCACUGCUACUGCGACCCGACAGCGGCGACGAGUACAAGAACAAGAUGAAGGAACUCGUUGACGUUGCUCGUCGCCACCGAGAAUCCCUCGUCCUAGAGGAUUUGAAGGCCAGGUCUGAACGGUUGGAAGAGCACCAAGCUAAGUUGAUCGCCGGAAUCCUGCUCUGGGGACUUCCGCUCACGUUAAUAACUUUUGCACGGUGGCAUUAA